UGAGCGGUUCUGUGGGUGUUUGCUUCAGUUAAACAAAACUAACUGAGUGCAGAGAGGCUGCACAUCCCUCACUGCCUCCUCUGAGUGAAGUGAAACAUGAAAAAAACACCUGGAAAUAUAACAGACACUCUCUCUAUAAAACAUGACAGCCUAGAGAGUGAAAUAACAGCACGUGGCGGGCCCACACCUCAGCUCAACCCACAUUCCAAAUUUCAGCUGAAAAACCAGCUCAGAGCCCUGGUGCCCAGCAGGAGAGUUGCUGCCAGCAACAGGCACAGCUGAAUGUCCCUGAACAGACCCGAGCACCAGCGCAGAUCAGCGCAGUGCGCACAUGGCAGCCACUCAGCCACAGCUGCCACGGCCAGCAGAUUCAACAGCCACCACGUUCCCUCCUGGAGACGGGUCCCAUUCUGAUCCUACCAAGAUGGCAUCCAAAAAGAAAACCCCCAAGAAGCCCAAGGUGAAUAAAGAGGAUGCAUCCGUCACCACAGUGAUGGUGGAAGAUGCUUUGCUAGAUGUCAAAGCCCUCAAUCACUUGAAUAGUUUAUACGAUAGUGGGUCCAACGGCUUGCACUGCACGGCCACAGAGGUUGAAGCGCCGGACCAUGGAGCCAGCCUUCUGGAGGGGAUGAACCAGAUGCGCCAGAAGCGGUUCCUCUGUGAUCUCAUCAUUGCCACCAACAAGUCCUUCGAGGUGCAUAAACUCGUCCUGGCUUCCUGCAGUGAGUACUUUCACCACCUGCUGCAGAGAGACCCUCCACUGCACCGAGUGGAGCUCCACAACGUGUCCCCACUGGGCCUGACCACCGUCAUCACGUACGCCUACAUGGGGAAGCUGAGCCUCUCGCUGUACACCAUUGGCAGCACCAUCGCUGCGGCCACCCAGCUGCAGGUGCCGGCGCUGCUGAACAUGUGCAGCAACUUCCUCGUUCGGGAGAUGGCCGUGGAGAACUGCGUGUAUAUCGCCAACAUCUCAGACACCUAUGGCCUCAACCAGGUGAAAGACGCCACAUGGAAAUUCAUCCGGGAAAAUUUCCUGGAGUUCUCCAAGACUGACCAGUUCAUGAAACUCCCCUUCGAUCAGAUCAAUGAGCUGCUGAUGGAUGAUGGCCUGCAGAUACCCAGUGAGGUUGCAGCCUUCCAGAUUGCUGUCAAGUGGCUGGAGUUUGACCCAAAACGGGUCCGGUAUGCUGCUGACCUCCUGAGCAACAUUCGAUUCGGCACAAUCUCAGCUCCGGACUUGGUCAAUCAUGUGCAACCUGUGCCACACAUGAUGCAAGACCCGCAGUGCCACAGGCUCCUUGUGGAUGCUAUGAAUUACCACCUGCUCCCCCACCAGCAAAACAGCCUUCAAUCUCGGAGAACCAGGAUACGGGGAGGCCAGAGGGUGCUUGUCACAGUUGGAGGUCGGCCAGCUUUGACCGAGAAUGCUCUUAGCAGGGAGAUCAGCUACAGGGAUGCAGAGGGAAACUGGAACAAGCUGACGGAGAUGCCGGCGAAAAGUUUUAACCAGUGUGUGGUGGUGAUGGAUGGAUUCAUCUACAUUGCAGGUGGUGAAGACCAAAAUGAUGCCAGGAACCAGGCCAAGCAUGCUGUCAGCAGCCUGAACAGGUACGACCCACGCUUCAACACCUGGCUGCACCUGGCCAGCAUGCAGCACAGGAGGACACACUUCAGCCUCAGCACCUGCAACGGGCUACUCUACGCUGUCGGAGGGUGAAAUGCCGAGAGCGCAUUGGCAUCUGUCGAGUGCUACAUCCCCACCACCAACAGCUGGCAGAGCAAGGCAAGCCUGGAGACGCCCCGCUGCUGCCAUGCCACCACCAUCAUUGAUGGCAAGCUCCUGGUCACUGGUGGCUACAUCAGCCAUGCCUAUUCCCGCACCGUGUGCUGCUAUGAGCCCAGCACUGACACCUGGAGGGAGCAGGCAAGGCUCGGCACCCCCCGGGGCUGGCACUGCGCGGCCACUGUGGCCAACCGAGUGUAUGUGCUGGGUGGGAGCCAGCUGGGUCCCCAGGGUGAGCGGGUGGACGUGAUGCCUGUGGAGUGCUACAGCCCACUCACAGGGCAGUGGAGUUACAUGGCACACGUGCCCACAGGGGUCAGCACGGCCGGGGUGGCUCUGCUGGAGGGGCGCUUGUGCCUGGUGGGUGGCUGGAAUGAGAGUGGGAAGAGGUAUCAGAAAUGUGUGCAGUGCUACAAUCCUGAUCUCAACGAGUGGGCCAAGGAUGAGAACCUCCCUGAGGCCACUGUGGGUGUCUCGUGCUGCACCAUCAUCCUCCCACGCUCCCCGAGCUCCAGGUCCCGGGCCAGCUCUGCGGCCUCGGCAGCAGCCAGCACGUAAAGAGCCCUGGGUGCCACAUGGCUUAUGCCAGCAGCUGGGGAAGGAGACAGAGCUGAGGAGUGUGGGGUGGCUGGAUGGCGAGGCACGCUGAUGUUUGGAGUCACUGACAAGUCUCAAACGCUCUUGUUCCAUCAUGGCAAGUUUUGGGCUCUAGGAAAGUGUAUUCUGAGCUGCGUGCACCUCCAUCCCUCAGUUUAAGCAGAGAUUGCUCAAAGCGGGGCAAACACUGAAGCAAGCAGGACAGAAGAGCUUUUCUCCUCAGCCUGCAGUACAGUAUUGCACUGUGGACUGCAAAAAAUGGAAAAAAAAAAAAAAAGAAGAAAAAAAACCCAGAAUAAUGUAGGAGAAAUUCUACUGUAGGAAUAGCAUCGUGAGACACUUUCAAAACAGGAGUAUUGGUAUUAGGUACAAGAAACUGACAGGUCUAGAACAGACCCUGCUGCUCGUGUAGCAUUUGUUCAAGGGAAAGGCAUUUAAUAUUUACUCACUGAAGCUAGAUACUUUCAGACCAGGAAUAAUGUGAUUCUUGAUAGCAAGGAAGAGAACUAUUGGAGCAACUCACCAAGAUCUCUUGCUCUCCCUCUAGUUCAAGCAGAAGGAAUCAGGGAAGCGCCUAAGGAUGCUAUGAGUCUCCAGAUUUCCGAGGCAAAUGGUGCCCUGAAAAUAAGUAUCAGCUGGAACAGAAGCCCUUCACAUCCAAACCAAGGAGCUCUCAUAGAUAUAUUCCUAGCCAGGUUCUGUUACUCACACCAUCAAGCUGACAGCUUGGUUUUGAACUCAAUUCAGUGCUUCCCCAUUACUGUAAAAGCAGUGUCUGACCUGUAAAAGGAGAAAUGAUUAGGAAACUUGAGUUUCCAGGGGCAAGCACUUGCUCACUGCCCAGGGUCCCUCCCUGUCACUGCAUUUGAGUGAGACAGGAGACAGUUACCAGUCUUUAUUAAAACCCUGGCUGCCCUUUCAGAGGGCACAGGGACUGCAGACUCCCCCUUAGAGCACUGCAGAGCAGACCCGGGCUUUUGGGCUGAAUGCAUCAGGACAAACCACACCACAAAACUCCAAACCCUGCCCUGGCAGAUCCAAGAUACAGUGAGGACCUGUGAUGAGCAGGAGGCAAGAGAAGGUGGUGGUUAUUUCCUCAUCUCCAGCCCAUGGCCAUUACCAGACAUCACACGAUAGCCACAAGCUGAGGCCAGCAUCUCCUGGUAACAGAUCCUGUUACUGGAGCACAUUUACACGGGAUCUUAGAUGGGCUCAUCACCUGCGUCUCAGGCCACGGCAGCUACGAGCUGCCAAGCAUCUAAGCAAGCACUCUCGGUUUUCUUCUAGUCUUUUUUGCACAACACAGUGAAAUUGCACCCAGGAAGACCCUGAGCCCCGCAAGGGAAACCCAACAUGCCAUGAAGAUGCCAAGAGCUUCAGCAAAGCAGGCUGGUUCUCACCUCCUUUCACAACUCAGCAAAACUGAGCAGCUUGCAGUAGUUAAGAGUUCACAUAAAGGUACUGAUUUUUCUCCCAGAAUUCACUAUCUCAGUUAAGAGUUCACAUCAAGCAUAAAGCUAUACCAAAGCAGAACAUCGUUUCUGUUCAAAUUCUACUUUCCUCUGUGCAUUUUAGCACACGCAAUACAUGCUGCCCUGUGCAUUUUGGAGUGGGCUCCAUCCUGAACAGCACUGGCAACCUCCCCUGAUUUACAAUUCCAACCUGCUUGACAAGGGAACGGUGUAUGAGACAACACUGCACAAUCACUAAUGGAGCAUGUACAGAUUUGGAUGAAAGUGAGUUUGUUCCUUGAUUUUUUUAUUAUAUUUUUUUUACUGUAAGAUGCAGGAGAGGAUGGAACACUAGAGGCAGAGGUGUUGCUGAACUCCACUUUUGUGAGCCGUGUUCUUCCCACAAAGAAUUUUCUCUUUUUAAGAAUAAACACCAUUCUUCUGCAGGGCAAAACUGUCUGGCUGUGUAAUUACAACAGGGUAAAUUCACACUCCUGAAACCUUUUAAACAAACCAGUCAAGAUUCAUCCUCUACAUUCUAAGCACAUCCAAUAUAAUUGCUUCAGGAUUUGCACAGACUUUUAGAGCACCCCACAAUCUGUGGCGCAGAAACAACUCUAACAGCUGCAGGUACAGGUUCUCGAGGUCACUCACACCACCCAGGGAAGUAGCAUGGAUCAGGGGUUUCUGCUGGCUCAUCUCAGCCCUUGCCUGUGGCACCAGGUUUGAAUCUCAGCUCAGGAACCUCACCAGUACCCCAGCACCAGAGGCCUUGCCCAGACCCUCAUCCCCUUCCAACCAGUCCUGUCACACUUGCUUCAACAAAGAACCCUCAGCCACAUUUUGGCUUUAUGUCUCUGCUUUAUUAAGGGGAUAUGCUCACCGUUUCCUUUGAACUCACACUUGCACUAGUUCCUAGAGUAAAGGAAUUUCUUCUAAUUAUUCAGAAUCCCUCAUUCAUCAAAGAGCAGGCUGCCCUUAAGACUGCAGGUUGGUCUGUGGAGGAUCAGAACCAGCAGCUGACU